AUGGACUCUAUGGCGGUGCCUCAGUCCGACGAAGAAGGCUCGAUUCCUCCUGGCCAACACACCGUUCGCAAUCGAAAGUAUUCCUUGUACGCCUCGAGAAUCAAGCCGUUGACUGUCGAUACAUCUGCUCGAGAAAAAGUGCCACAGCUACCUGAGAUACCUCCACUGCCCGUCUCGCCCCGAUGGGACUCACUUUCUCAUGGGCUGCAUUUACUAAAUCAGAGUCCAACCUCCGGUUCUAGAGUGUCACCGAUAAUGCUAUCUGAGGCCAUGCUACCCCAACCAUUUCCCGCUCUAGCUGGACCGGCUGUAUCUCCAUCUCUGCGAAGCCCUCGCAGCCUAAGGAUAGGCACUCCAGAGCCUCGAAAUGAAUCACCAUGUCGGUCGAUGAAAGCUAAAACAUCCUUGGCAGAUAUGCGUUCAUCAGAGGGCACCCCUCUAGUCGAGAAUUUUUCAAGACCCCGAAAGCAGAGCAUACGUCAAGCUGGACCACCGGAAAACCUUCAUAUUCCAGACCCUAUCAGGCCACGACAGGCCAACAUGCCAAAUCUCACAGACCGCUUCCUGGAUCUCGCCAACCCCUUGUCACAAACGCCUCCAUGGCAACGACCCAGGCGUCCCUCUGCCUCCUCUGUCAAGUCAUCCUCCACUUACGCCUCUCCAUUACCGUAUACAAACAGCGAUUUUAUUGAGUCAAGGCAUCGUGCAAGAAAUGUUACUGGUCCACCAGCUCUUACACCCGCUCGGACUCCUGCUGUCCCUGGCCGCCCGGAGUAUCCCGUUUCAACACCUCUAACAAGCCCAGGCGCGGGUGGGACCGCUCCCUGGCUGAGCGGGGAUGAAUUGCGGUCCAGUUUCAGAUCCCAGCUCACUGCCUCAACAACCCCUGGUACAGCUGUCACAGAGCGCAGUAGUGUUCUUACAAAAGACAGCUCUGUCACCUCCCUCGAGAACCCCGAUGAGCCCAGCUUGGAAGAUGUUAUGGGCAUGUACGAAAAGGGCUUUGCGGAUGAUGAAAACGAAAGUGACUUCGAUGAUCCCGAGAGCGAAGGCAACUUGGAUUCGAGACCUAUGACUGCUGUAUCAGAACCUGACACUCGGUCAGCUCCAGCUGUUCCGAGUAUUCCCUUUACCGUUCCUGUUGCUGAUAAGAGCCUCGAACCGCCACUGCCAACCGCCCGUUCCACACUAGACGCCGAAAUCCGUCAAUCAAAGAUGAUCUUUACCAGCCCAGCUUUCACAGCAUCUGUGGCGGCUAUAGCUGGGAAGGCCGAUGUAGAUAUGCCGGAAAAACGGGACUCGGCCAAGUCACUUGAUUCUGAGCCGUCAAUCACAUCAGACCCGGCUCCCGCAAAGGAACUUCCAACGACUGUGAACUUACCCCCCCCAGCCUCAAAGCCUGCACUUCCAACGGCCACGCCGAUGCCAGUUGAGCCUGAGGACCCUGGCUCACGCGACCGAUAUGGCUUUAAGAAGGCCAAUCAAUCUAUUACUAGAGAACAGUACGAUGCGUGGAACGCCGAGUACUCGGUGUACAUUGCUCGAAGACGACGGAAGUGGGUAGCCUACCUCAAAGACUGUGCCCUGAUGACUGAUCGUCCCAUUCGAUUCCCCUCGCCAAGUGCAAAGACGAAGAGAUUUGUGAGGAAAGGGAUACCGCCCGAUUGGCGUGGAGCAGCGUGGUUUUACUAUGCCGGUGGGCCGGCAAUCUUGGCCAAACACGCCGGCUUAUACGAAAGGCUCUUGCAUAAAUCAGCUAAACAGGUGGAUAUCGAGGCAAUUGAACGAGACCUGCACAGGACGUUUCCGGACAAUAUUCAGUUCAAGCCAUCAGCAAAUUUCCAGUCUGUGCCCAACAGCGAGCGAACCAGCCAAUCGACAAUGACGGGUUCCUCUGGGGAUGAAAGCUCACCGGGACCGCUACCUGCUGCUUCGAAUGAGCCACCGAUUAUCACGUCUCUUCGCCGUGUCUUGCAUGCCUUCUCCAUUUAUAAUCCCCGUAUUGGCUACUGCCAGAGUCUAAAUUUCCUGGCUGGACUCUUGCUGCUGUUCGUGGAGACAGAAGAGCAAUGCUUUUGGUUGUUGAAUGUAAUCACCAUUAUCUACCUGCCGGGAACACACGAUAUGAGCCUGGAAGGAUCAAAGGUGGACUUGGGUGUGCUCAUGACGGAACUGCGUGACACGAUGCCCUCGGUAUGGGACAAGAUUGGUGGAGAACUGGAAAACCUUCCCACGGGCAGGCCCAGCACGAGUAAGUCUAUACGCAAAACUAGGCCCAUUUUGCGACGAAGGGAACAUCCAAAAUUAUCUACAGAUCGUCUACCUCCAAUUACACUGUGCAUGACGGCUUGGUUCAUGAGCUGCUAUAUUGGGACGUUGCCCAUUGAGACAACACUGAGAGUCUGGGAUGUCUUCUUCUAUGAAGGCUCCAAGACACUCUUCCGCAUUGCACUGGCGAUUUUCAAGAGCGGCGAGAGCGAAAUCAAGGCGGUCAAAGACCCUAUGGAAAUGUUUGGAGUUGUUCAGGCCAUCCCCCGGCGAAUGCUAGACGCCAAUGCUCUCAUGGAAGCUUGCUUUAAGCGAAGAAACGGAUUUGGUCAUCUUAGUCAGGGAGCCAUUGACGAACGCCGACAGGAAAGGCGUCAAAGGGCCAAACAAGAGCUCGAACAGAGCCUGCAGCAGCGCGAAAAGACGGACCUGGGCGGCAACUUGACUGAAGUGGAGUCAGGUUCCGUAUCACGCAAAGGCACUCUUUUUGGGAGGAAAAAGAGUGCCAACCUCAGGGCUGCAGAGGUUUAA